AUGGGUCGUUGUGAUGUCUGCCGCGAAAGAGUUAUACUGCCUCUCGACCGGUCUAAAAAAACACUCCUUCGUAUAUGGUCGUCCGGUGCAGAGUUGAUCAGCCUUGCCCGAUCAGGCUGCGAUUUCUGCACACUGUUCUGGCAGCAUCUUUCCUGCCAGCCCAUGGAGAAGUUGCAAGUGGAUAAGAACGAGAUAUACCUAUAUUUUGGGAGUAAAAUUCAUUUCGAACUUCGGAUUAACAGCUACUGCCUUCUUAUUUUAAUAGACAACGUUCCUGAACUCAGAGAUUUCACUCAGGAAUGCGCUAGCAAUGAUCCGCUUGUUCAAGCCGGAGCUUUGUUAAGAGAAUGUCUUUCAAGUCACAGCGAUUGCAACGAUAGGGUGGCCAUUGAGGAGGAUCAGUCAGUUUCACGCCUUGCUCUUCCACGCCGGCUGUUGGACGUCUCUCGCGGUUCGACCAUCUCCGUGGUGGAUGUGCAGGAUUGCAUUUCUCUGGGCCUUGCGAGUACUGCUGAGUUCUCACAGUAUUGUACCCUAAGCUAUCGUUGGGGCUCCGCGGUUCAUAGCUGCAUCUUGAGCGAGCCGUUUACUGGACAUAAGGACUUCUCUUUUGAGGCAAUGCCUCAAACAUUCAAAGACGCUAUCAUAACUGCACGCGCGCUGAGUGCCCGCUUCCUCUGGAUCGACGCCUUGUGUAUUGUUCAGUCAAGUGCAUAUGGGGAUGAUACGGACUGGAGCGAAGAAGGGCCCCGUAUGGGUGUCAUAUAUCAAGGUGCACUAUUUACGAUUGCGGCUACCUGUGCUGAAAGCACUAACGAUGGCUUCCUUUCAAAGGUCGGAACUGAGCUCGUAUUGGCAAAACCAUGUGAGAUUCCUCAGCACUCGAUGACUGAGCAAGUGCUAUCGUGUUUUCUCAAUAUAGCGGAACCAAGUCUGUAUAGUUUUGUUAGCAAAUCCGAACUGAACAGCCGCGGUUGGGUACAACAGGAGCGAGUUCUCUCACGAAGACUACUCCACUUUACAAAGCAAGGGGUUUUCAGGGAAUGCUAUCAAAGUCCAGUACACAGCUCCUACGGCAAAGUCGGAAAAGAUUAUACACAGCUUCAAAUGGUCCGAGCUACACGAAGUGCGAAAGAAAUGGACCUGCAAAGUUGGUUAUAUUUCCUCCAACAAUACUCAAAAUCAAAUUUUACGAAUUCGGAAGACCGACUGAUCGCACUGUCUUCAGUUGUAAGGACUUUACAUACUACAAAUCACGGCGAAGAAUAUUAUGCGGGAUUGUGGAGCCAGUAUUUGGUUCCAAGCUUAUUGUGGUACUGUCCGCAUCCGCUAGUGGGCUCAUGCGCCGUGCGUUUGGCUGUGGCUCCAUCGUGGAGCUGGGCAUCAGUGACCCGAGAAAUAGACCACAGCACUCAACUUUGGGGUGGAAGACACAAGAGGCUAGUUGAAAUCCUCGGUGUUAGUACACUGCCUGUUCUCUCCGACAAUCCAUAUGGAAACGUAAAAGAAGGAAAACUGAAACUGCGUGGAGAACUUAUCAGUCUGUCUUUGCCACUAAUACGUGAUGAAUUGUCACUUCUGUGCUGGGACAUGCCUCACGAAACAUCGAAAGUCGAACAGUUAUACAUGGUGCUUCCAGUUAUGGCAGAAGAUUGGGGCUUUGCUCGUAUGGUUAAUUAUCACGCAAUAAUCCUUGAACCCCUUUCGGCACGAGCCGGCAGCAACUCUGACGGUCACAUAGACAGCACGUAUCGUAGGAUCGGGAUUUUUCUGUACAGGAAAGCCGAUGGUUGGACUAAAUGGAAAUCAAAACGCAGAAAGCAUCGGCGUAAGGUUGAGCGGGAUAUGAGGACUAUCACAAUUGUUUGA